GGACCAAAUGGCAACCCUCGACAACACGGGAGAUGGUCCCCUUCAGGUCCCUGGCUUUGGCUCCAUCCCCCUGCAUUUUGAACUCUCCCCAGAGGCCCGUUUUGCGCAUGGUUUAGUUGAGUAUCGCCACUCGCCUCGAUUGACCAUGCGCGAGAUGGCCAUGCUCCGACUCAUGCAACACAUCACGGAGCAGCCUGGCUGGGAUCGUGUGGUAUUGGACUGGGAUGGACCCCAACUCGCGCAGUGGUAUCGAGACGCCAGGGAAGGAUCGGAAGGGUUUCUGAUCAGUCCCGCGGUAUGGAAUUGGUGCCUCGCGGAACUGCGCGACAAAGCGGAGACGUGGCAGCGUACAGGCCGUCUCUUUGUGUUUGACUCCUCUUCGGCCGUGUGUCAGGCGGAGGCGUCAGGGUUCCUGGAGGGAAUUCAAGAGGGGAUGGCCCGACUUGGGGCCCAGCCAAGCCACGACCACCCUCUGGUGGAUCCGUCGCUGUUUCCUUUAGUCUACGACCGCUCUCCGGUCUUGGUCCACGGCGGACAGGUUUCCCUGGACGAUCUAUGGGGCCUAGCCGGGGAGGUCGCGGAAAGGCUGCCGCCUCAUCCGCUCGAUCUAGCCGGCAGACCGCGCCGGGGCCCUGUCGCUCGCAUGCCGGUGUAUGGAGGAGGGCCGGAGAGCUGUUGGUCGAACCGCUUCCAAUGGCUCCCCUGCGAAGUCCAGUUCAGUCCCACCAAAACACCCAAUGACCCUCCGGAUGUUCAGAUCACCUCCUACGUCAAUAACCUCCAUCCAGACAAUCACCGAGGGUUGUAUAGACAUCUUGAGCGCUUAAUCUCCGAUUCAAUCUCCUCUUGGAACGAGAUCCUCUUCUACGGCAAUAGCCGUGGCCGCCAUCCUCCACGCAUCCUCACGUACGGCUGUCAGAUCCACAACUACAUGGAAAGGCACAAGAUAUUCCAGGACUUGCUACCAAUGCUUAGCUGGAAUGCACUGUGUGAUUCCCACGAAGAGUGGCAGGAGCUGCGUCAGGCUGCUCGCGAGUACAUUACAGGGCCUGAGCCACCCAAAUGGAAGCAGGCCAACCCUAUGACCGGAACGCCAGCCAACCUGUUGGACGAGCUCAUGCCAGACCAGUGGGACAUUCCAAGGGAUGUGCACCACCUUCUCAAGUGUAAGCGGAUCCGGCGAGCCUGGUUUGAUCACCCUGAGCCCGGCGUCUCAUUUACUUACGAUCAAUGGAAGCGGGGUCAAUUUACUGGGCGCGCGCUGAGCCCACAACGGCUCGAGAAGUUUCCGGAUCCGCUGCAUCACGACUAUACUCCCGUGCAUCUGCAGGAGACCUUUCGGCAGGACGGUCUCCAGGUCGUGGUGGAAAUCAACCGCAUCGAAUUAACGCCGGACAAUCCGACGUAUUCCGGUGAGGCGCAUUACCACACGGAAGGGCUGCGCAACGACCAUAUCGCGGCCACCAGUCUCUAUGUGGUGGAAGCCAAGAAUGUAACCCAGGCCCGCAUGGCGUUCGAGCAUGAGGACAAGGUUCACGCGGGUGAACUCGAGUGCAAGGUCCCACAGGCACUAGCGACUGUGCUCGAUGUGGAUGACUGGGAGGUAUUCGAGGAGAGGCCACCUCGUGCACUGCACACCUUCGGGUCGGUUCCGAUCACGGAGGGCCGUCUUCUGAGCUGGCCCAAUACUUAUCGGUCUAAGCAAGAAUCCUUUGGGUUGGUGGACUCCAGUCAGCCCGGACACUUGACCCUCAUCAAGCUCCGGCUGGUCGACCCCCACUAUCGCAUCUGCUCGACUCGCAAUGUACCACCGCAGCAGCAUGACUGGUGGGCCGCUGCAGCACGGCAGGCAGCCAAUCUCGAUCGUCACUUGCCCCCAGAGCUGGUGCUAUCCGUAAUGGAACACGCGGACUGGUGGCCUAUCUCUGCGGCUGAGGCACAGCUCCUCCGGGAAGACCUCUGUCAGGAGCAUGAGCGCGUGCGAAACGCCAUUGAGGAAUGUGUGGGGCACCAUGUUGUCGUAUUCCUUCCUUAUGACCAAUAUGUAGCCACGGACGUGACGGAUACGACUGGUGUCGGGUACGAGUCUCCUUGA